AACCACUGCUACCCAAAUCUUCAACACUUGGCCUGUACUGCUCUUCAUUACUUUAUUUCUCUGUAAAUUAAUUUUCUUCCUCAUUGUUUGCACCAAUUAUGUAAAGAAAUCAUAACCCAAAACCCCCCAGCGCUUUCCUUAUAGGUUUUUAGUUAAGAAGAUACAUGGAAAAAGGUCUUAUGCUUUUUGGGUGCUAGAUUCCAUUGUUUUAAAAUGUGAUUUGCAGACAAGCUUGAAAAUUCAUAGCCCCAUGUGCAACACCCUGCCUGUUUGGUCAAUUUACCGAGGGAGGCAAACGCAAGAAAGAGAAAAGGAAUUCCAAGUUUUUUGAAUUUUAAACCACAGAAAACAACGCAUCACAAUCAUUUGCAUUCUAUAAGAGAAAGGUCGAGUCUUCAUAAAUGUGAAGCACAGGAAGGUCUCAGUUUUCUCUUAUAGGUGUUUUUUUAUGUCUCUGUAGGUGAUUCUUUGCAGACAUAUAUAUUGGGAUCUGGGUUUUAUAGGUGUAAGUGCCCUGUAGAUAAAUGUAUUGGAAAUCCAGAAUUGUUGUGGGAUUUGUGCUUCUGGGUUUCUUUUGAAGAUCUUGUAGUUGAUCUAUUGGUGGAGGACAUACUUUAUUUGAAUUGUUAGUCUUCUGAGUUUUAAUGGGUUACCAAAACCCACUAUUUGCAUCUCUUUGCAUUUUGCUACUUUCAUUUGGAGCUUGUUUUGCUUCUUCUAUUCAAGAUCAAGUGAGGGAUAGAAUAACACAGUUGCCAGGGCAGCCAGCCAAUGUGGGGUUUCGUCAGUAUUCUGGUUAUGUCACUGCCAAUGAGCAAGCUGGGAGAGCAUUGUUUUACUGGUUGGUUGAGUCCCCAGCGCAUCGUGAACCGGAGUCCAGACCGCUAGUGUUGUGGCUCAAUGGUGGUCCAGGUUGUUCUUCUGUUGCUUAUGGAGCAGCUGAAGAGAUUGGACCUUUUCAUAUUAGACCUGAUGGAGAGACCCUUUACAUGAAUCCAUAUGCUUGGAACAAUUUGGCAAAUUUGCUUUUCCUUGAAUCUCCAGCUGGUGUUGGUUUUUCCUACACGAAUACGUCUUCAGAUUUGUAUACAGCUGGAGACCAGAGAACAGCUGAAGAUGCGUAUACAUUUAUGGUCAAUUGGUUUGAAAGGUUUCCUCAGUACAAGCACAGAGAUUUCUACAUUGCUGGAGAAAGUUAUGCAGGUCAUUAUGUUCCUCAGCUGUCUCAAUUGGUUUAUGAGAGAAAUAAGGGAAUUCAGAAUCCAGAUAUCAAUUUUAAGGGGUUUAUGGUAGGAAAUGCUGUAACUGAUGAUUACCAUGAUUUUGUUGGCACAUUCGAAUACUGGUGGACACAUGGUUUAAUUUCUGAUUCCACCUAUCGUGAGCUGCGAGUCAAGUGUGACUUGGAUGUCUCUCAGCAUCCAUCACUGGCUUGCAUGGAGGCCCUCAAAGUAGCAGAUUCAGAGCAGGGAAACAUUGACCCAUACAGCAUUUACACCCGUCCUUGUAGUAGUACUGCAGCACUAAAGCUCAACUUGAGGGGUCAUUAUCCAUGGAUGUCCAGAGCAUAUGAUCCAUGCACUGAGAGGUAUUCUGAAAAGUAUUUUAACCAUCCAGAAGUCCAAAAGGCACUCCAUGCAAAUGUAACUGGAGUUUCGUACCCGUGGAGAACAUGCAGUGGAGAUACUGAUGCAGUGGUUCCUGUGACUGCCACACGUUACUCCAUAGACGCCCUUAAGUUACCGACCAUCACCAAUUGGUCCCCAUGGUAUGAUACUGGCAAGGUUGGUGGCUGGAGCCAAAUAUACAAGGGGCUGACAUUAGUCACCAUUACCGGAGCUGGACAUGAGGUCCCACUCCAUCGACCUCGAGAAGCUUUCAUUGUUUUCAGAUCAUUUUUGGAGAACAAGCCCAUGCCUAGUUAAUUUUCAUUCCAAUCUUAUUCAAACAUAUUCUUGAUGAAUAAGCAGGACAAACACCUGGAACUUGCAACCAUUUUUCAUAUACAAACGCCGUGAAGAUGGAAGUGAGAAAAUAAGAGAAGUAUUCAUCUCGAAUUCCUCUCCAUUCUUGCUCGAAGCAGCGUCAUUUUCAUAUUGUUCUGCAGUUGCUAUCUGACUAUUGGGUAACGGAUAGCAUUCAUGAGAAGGAAAGCUACUGAUAUGUAAGAGCAAUUGUACCAUACAUAUAUAUAGAUGGAUUCCUCAUAUUAAAGAAAUAUUCUUUGGGAUUCAGUUUAGUAGAAGUGUUCUCAUCAGUUAUAUUGUACUGGUAUGUGUGACAUAUAUAUAGUUUUCUUCACAAGUUCUUAUA